AUGACUGCAAUCACCGUUGCACGAGCUUUCGUGAAUGGCUGGGUCGCAAGAUUUGGAGUACCAGUCAACAUCACAACCGACUUAGGAAGGCAGUUCGAGUCCGAGCUCUUUCGAGAGCUGUCCAUCAUCCUAGGAAUUAAUCACCUGAAACCGACGCCAUAUCACCCCCAGGCCAACGGGCAAAUCGAAAGAACUCAUCGGCAGCUGAAAUCAGCCAUCAUGUGCCACGCAAACCCAAAAUGGACGGAAUCUUUACCCUUCAUUCUCCUCGGUAUGCGGUCUGCAAUCCGGGAAGAUCUACAAGCAUCCUCAGCCGAAGCAACACUCGCAACCACACUACAUCUACCUGGUGAAUUUUUGACCGAGAGCUCCAAUAAGAAGCCUGCAUCUGAGUUCAUCGUGGAUCUAAAGGCAACCCUUGCAAGCUACGACCAACACCAACAACAAAUCACUCGAAGCCCGCAAUAUUCGUUCAGAAGGAACUGGCCAACUGCAGGCAUGUGUUCGUAA